AUGCCUAAGGCCGGUCCGAAAGGAGACAAAGGCGAUCCGGGCUCCAGAGGAGACGCUGGUACCCCAGGAUUCAACGGGGACGAUGGAUUGGAUGGUGACAAGGGAGAUAAGGGUGACAAAGGGGAACGAGGAUCGGCGGGCAUUGGCGGAUUUAAUGGUGAUGACGGGAUGGAUGGCCAAGAUGGAGACAAAGGCGAACCUGGUCCAAUUGGUCCUAAAGGAGACAGAGGAAUACGAGGCAAUCAUGGUAAUAAAGGAGAAAAGGGCGGUUUAGGUACCAAAGGAGACACUGGAAUACCCGGCAUUGCUGGGCCGAAAGGGGAAAUGGGGGUAGCUGGGAUUGCCGGACCAAAAGGAGAUAACGGAAACCCUGGUGUGGCUGGGCCCAAAGGAGAUUCUGGGAGGCCGGGGUACAUUGGUGCAGCUGGGCCCAAAGGAAACGAUGGUAUGCCCGGAUACCCUGGUGUAGCUGGGCCUAAAGGAGAUACUGGGAGACCCGGAUACCCUGGUGUAGCUGGACCCAAAGGAAACAUUGGGUUGCAGGGAUUCAUUGGAGCGACAGGCAGUAAAGGCGAAAAGGGCAAUCAUGGAACAUGGGGAUACCCAGGUGUAAAGGGCGCUAAAGGUGAGACGGGAAUUGGAGGACAAAGAGGGUUCGUAGGAUCUCCAGGACAAAAAGGAGAACCGGGACAGAGUAUUACAGGAACAAGCACGAAGAUCGCAUUUUCAGCGUUUGUGAAUCCUCCAAUUUCUAAUCUUCAAAAUGGAAUGGUGAUCCUGUUUAAAGAUCAAAAACUGAAUAGAGGACACUUCUAUGAUCCUUCCCGUGGGACUUUCCAAUGUGGUAUGCCGGGUGUCUACGUUUUCACUUGGUCCCUACUCAUCAGCGGUACUACUGAGUUAACUACACAAUUAUAUGUUAACGGAGCGCUCACUUCAACAUUGGUUGUCUACAAUCCGUACCGACGCCAAAGCAGUGGUUCGAACACCGUCAUGGUCUACCUAAACGUAAACGACAGAGUGAGCAUUCGGGUCGUGUAUAAUGCCAUGUAUAAUGGAGGAGUCGGAUAUAUUUUGAAUAGUUCUUCAUUCUCCGGAUAUUUACUUAACUGACGAUUAUCAUACUGGCUAGAGAAAUAAAAAUGUAUUAAAGUCUCUGUGUUCUUAUUUUGUUUAUGGUCUGCAUUUAAUCAUUGAUGUCAAUAUUGUAGGGGUAUGAAAAACAAAUGUUUGCAAACUGUAUGAAUCUGCGUAGCGGAUUCUUACAAAAGUUGUCAAAC